ACCUUCACCUGGAUCUUUAAUGAGUACCCAUCCUUUGUGAUGCAAGACACUCGUCGCUUUGUAUCUCAAAAGACGGGUAACCUGUACAUUGCCAUGGUGGAGCCAUCAGACGUGGGCAAUUACACCUGUGUGGUGACCAACACAGUCACCAAAAGUAGCAUUCAAGGCCCCCCCACCCCUUUAGUGCUACGUGUUGAUGGUGUAAUGGGUGAAUAUGAGCCAAAGAUUGAAAUCCAGCUUCCCGACGUCAUACCUGUGGCCAAGAGUUCCACUGUCAAACUGGAGUGUUUUGCACUGGGAAACCCAGUUCCAACCAUUAGCUGGAGAAGAGUGGAUGGGGUAGCAGUUGGACGAAAGGUGGACGUGAACAAGGCCAGCGGAGUGCUCGAGAUCCCCUACUUCCAGCAGGAAGAUGCAGGCCUGUACGAAUGUGUUGCUGAAAACUCCAAAGGGAGGAACUCGGUUAAAGGAAAGCUCUCUUUCUAUGCUCCCCCUCACCUGAUCGAGGAGCCUCGGGAUGCUCAGAAGCCAAUCGAUGACACCCUGGUGUGGGAGUGCAAGGCUAGUGCCAAGCCGAAGUCCUCUUACCGAUGGCUGAAAAACGGCGAGCCUCUGGACACAAUGGAGAUGGAAAACCGGGUGUCUCUUUUUCAGGACAGAGUGCAAGUGAACAACGGAGUCCUGACAAUCAGCAGCUUGAAGCUGGCCGACAUUGGGAUGUACCAGUGUGUUGCAGAGAAUAAACAUGGUCGGGUCUUCACCAACACUGAACUCCGAGUUAUAGCUGUAGCCCCAGAUUUCUCCCAGAACAUGCUGAAGCCUCAGACCCUGGCCAGGCAGGGGGGUGAUGUGCUGAUUGAGUGCAGGCCUAAGAUGUCUCCACAUGGGAUGAUCUCCUGGAGGAAGGGGAAAGAAGCACUCCGAGAGAGCCACAGAGUCUCAGUGUUGGACAAUGGAAGUCUUCGAAUAGCAAACGUUACCAAAAUGGAUGUCGGCCUCUACACCUGCGUGGCAAGGAACCAGUUUGGAGUGGCAAGCAGUGCUGGGAGUCUUUUGGUUAAAGAGACCACCAUUAUCACCAGCCCAGCUGGGCAUUUGGAUGUGACAGUGGGCGAGAGCAUCGUCCUCCCCUGCCAAGUCUCCCAUGACCCCACGCUCGAUUUGAAAUUCACCUGGUUCUUCAACGAACAGCUCAUCCACUUUGGAAACCACGGGGGCUACUUUGAGAAAGUUGGCGGACGCUCAGCAGGUGACAUCAUGAUCCGUAACAUUCAGCUGAGGCAUGCUGGGAAGUAUACCUGUGCUGUCCAGACCAAGGUGGACAGUGUUUCCAUCGCCACCGAUGUGGUAGUUAGAGGUGCUCCAGGCCCACCUGUGGAAUUCCAGGUGACAGAGAUGACAGACAGCACAGCGUCUCUCUCCUGGGGACCGGGUCCUGACAACCACAGCCCAGUCCUCACCCACAACAUCCAGGCCCGCACAACAUUUUCACUGGGCUGGCAGGGAGUCAUCACAGUUCCUGAACUUCUUGGGGGCAAACAGCUGACAGCCACUGUCAUUGACCUCAGUCCGUGGGUGGAGUAUGAGUUCAGAGUGCUGGCAACCAACGCCAUCGGAACAGGAGAGCCCAGCAAACCUUCCAAAAAAGCCCGGACCAAAGACAUGCCUCCCAAGAUAACGCCAUCCAGAGUGAACGGAGGUGGUGGUGGUCGCUCGGAGCUUGUCAUCACUUGGGAGCCUGUCCCUGAAGAGCUACAGAGUGGCCCAGGAUUUGGCUAUGUGGUAGCUUUCCGACCUCAGGGGGCUCAAGGCUGGAUGCAGGCAGCAGUCACCUCCCCCGACGCCUCCAGAUACAUCUUCAAGAACGAGAGCAUCGCUCCCUUCUCUCCGUUUCAUGUGAAAGUGGGCGUGUACAAUAACAAAGGGGAGGGCCCCUUUGGGCCGGUGGCCACCAUCUACUCUGCAGAGGAAGAGCCCAGCAGAGCCCCGGGUAGGGUGCGGGCCAGGAGUGUGUCGGCAUCGGAGGUAGAGGCCACCUGGAAGGCCCUGCCCUGGAGCAACAAUAGGAGACGCAUCCUGGGCUACGAGCUGAGGUACUGGGGUGAGAGGGAGAGACAGGAGACAGCCAGUGUGAUCAGGACCAUGGGUAACCGGACGUCUGUGGUGAUCAGAGGCCUGGAGGGCAGCAGAACCUACUUUAUCUCCCUCCGAGCGUACAACAGUGCUGGGGUGGGCCCUCACUGUGCCACAGUCAAUGUCACCACCAAGAAACCCCCCCCAAGCCAGGCACCGGUGAAGAUCAUAUGGAACACCUCAAACUCGAAGGUCAUCCUCAAAUGGGAUCAUGUUAGAGCUCUGGAGAACGAGUCCGAGGUCACUGGUUACAAAGUGAUGUACACACAGGACAGACACAGUCGUCCCAACGUGGUCGAAACCAACACCACGUCUCUGGAGCUGGCGCUACCGGUCAACGAGGACUAUGUCAUCCAGAUCAAACCCUUCAGCGAGGGAGGAGAGGGGAGUAGCAGCAGACAAAUCACUAUUCCCAGGAUAGCAGGUUCAAUGGCCAUUGGUGCAGCCCCGGAGUUAUCAGCGGUAUCCAUGGUCAAUAUGCUUGCACUCUAUUUCACAGCCAGGACGUUCCUAUGACAAACAGCUCCUGGACCACACUGCUUUCCAUGAGGACACUGGACAAAGAGGCCAAUGUAUCUUCUUCCUCUAACAGAUACCCCCUUUGUUGACAAUAUAUUUCCCUCAAACCUUUCAUGGGAGAUAUUGAAAGUCCAGCUUGGAAACUGUUACAUAAGCAGUGUUGAUAAACGCUGAAAUUACGUUGUUGCCGCUUUCUGUCUUUUUAAAAUGUUUUCCGUAAAUGGAUAAUCUCAAAAGCGUUUCUUUAUGAAGACAAGGAGAUACGAUGCACAAGAAGCUGUGUACGUUUCAGGAACCCCUGUGAGAGCUUGGGUCCCCCCAAAAGGAGACUGCUACUUUCUAACAUAAUUUGGAUAAGGGUACAACUGGCGAGUUAAGAUGCCGCUGACCCUGGACAGAGUGAAGGGAAUUAACUCACACACAUGAAAUGAAGCUACGUUCAAGAGACCCAUACCUGCAGUGAUGAUUGUCAUUCCCUGAAUCCUCAAAGACUGUAUCUAGGACACCUACUGUACUGAAAAGAUUAAGAAGAGAACCUUGUUUCACUGGUGACCCCUGCAACUACCAGGGCGUCUUGACAAACCUCGUUAUGUUAUGGCCUGGUUCGGGACCUAUGUUCCUUUUCCUGGAAACUGCACUUACUCUUACAUAAAAUAAAAUAUAAUAUUAUGUGCCAUUUAGCAGACGCUUUAGUCCAAAGCGAUUUAUAGUCAUGCGUGUGUACAUUUUACGGAUGGAUGGUCCCAGGAAUCAAACCCACAAUCCUGCCGUUGCAAGCGCAAUGCUCUACCAACUGAGCGACAGAGGACCACAUAUACAGUGCCUUGCGAAAGUAUUCGCCCCCCUUGAACUUCCUUUUGCCA